CCAGUUCGCCUGCGUGCCCAUCCCGGCAGUGGUAUCGCCACCAGAGCCUCUCUGAAAUCUUGACAGCCCCCGUCGUGCCAGCUGUUCUGUCAUUCCUCUGGUGUGGGCUGCUGUGGGGAAAUGCGUUUGCCUCCCCGUUCUUCGGAACGUGCUAGUGUCUCGCUAGGGGUGCGAUCGGGUCUCUUUCACACCCCUCUAAUUCCAGACCGAUCCUUUCCCCCCCUUUUCCCUUCAGGAAGGGACGCCUGGGGAAUCAUCAUGCUGCUCAGAGGACCGGAGCCGACUCCCGCGACAUCCCGACCCAGCCUCUUCUUCUGCUAGGGCUCCAGGAAUAUAUUUCUACUACUACCUGCACCAUUAGAAGAACCAUCGGGUUUUGCUUUGCCUUGCCUUUUUUUAAGGAGCAAAUGGAAUGAUCUCUUUGGAUCCUGCAUUUUACGACCCUCCUUUCCACACGGUCUGAUUCAUCUUCGAAGCCGAUCUCUCCUCUCUCCUCCUCUCUCUCUGCCGUUUUGCAUUUGCACCACUUCAAGACACAAGAUCGCCAAAGCUGAAUCUUCUGGCAGGAAAGAUUUUGCAUCGCCCCCUCCCCAUUUGCUCCCCCAACCUCAUUCUUCUUAUGUGGAUAUGCAAGCAAGAAGAGGAGACUGGAUACUCCCAACAUGCUCACUCCCUUAAUCUGUCCGCCUAGAGGUUCUGCUUCUACAAACCAAGAUACUAAAGCAGCAAUAUUGAGAGAGUGCAGGAUGAAGCAAAGCAAAUUAUUGCAGAACCAACAAAAAAAAGCUAUAGCGCUUGCAAGUUGACUCUUCGCUGCUAUCCAGUAAUCAAAUAUGUUCCUGUGUCGCCAGAUGUAGGGGAUCAUCAUUUGGCAAGGGAGUGCAAGAGCUGAAGAUGAGGCCCAGAGCAGAGUGCUAUUCCUCAAAGUUCUGGCUUAUGCUGGCAGUCUUAGCAACUACAGGUGGUGGAGCCUGGGCUCAAAAGAACCAACCCAGCAUUGGCAUUGCUGUCAUCUUGGUGGGUACCUCUGACGAAGUGGCCAUCACAGAUGCCUAUAAGAAAGAUGAUUUCUAUCACCUCUCUCUCAUGCCUCGUGUGGAACUGGUGGCCAUGAAUGAGACAGAUCCCAAGAGCAUCAUCACCCGCAUCUGUGAUAUCAUGUCUGACCGUAGGGUUCAAGGUGUGGUGUUUGCUGACGACACAGACCAGGAAGCCAUUGCCCAGAUCCUGGACUUCAUUUCUGCCCAGACCCUCACACCCAUUCUAGGUAUCCAUGGAGGCUCUUCCAUGAUCAUGGCAGACAAGGAUGAGUCAUCCAUGUUCUUCCAAUUUGGCCCAUCAAUAGAACAGCAAGCUUCUGUCAUGCUCAACAUCAUGGAAGAAUAUGACUGGUACAUCUUCUCCAUUGUCACUACCUACUUUCCUGGCUAUCAGGACUUUGUCAACAAGAUCCGCAGCACUAUUGAGAACAGCUUUGUAGGCUGGGAGCUAGAAGAGGUACUCUUGCUGGACAUGUCUCUGGAUGAUGGUGACUCAAAGAUCCAGAAUCAGCUCAAGAAACUGCAGAGCCCUGUCAUCCUCCUUUACUGUACUAAAGAAGAGGCCACCUACAUUUUUGAGGUGGCCAAUUCUGUAGGUCUGACUGGCUAUGAUUACACAUGGAUUGUGCCCAGCUUGGUGGCUGGAGAUACAGACACAGUGCCCUCUGAAUUCCCCACUGGACUUAUCUCUGUGUCGUAUGAUGAGUGGGACUAUGGCCUUCGCGACAGGGUGAAAGACGGAAUAGCCAUAAUAACCACAGCCGCUUCUGACAUGCUGUCUGAGCACAAUUUCAUUCCUGAGCCCAAAAGUAGUUGCUACAACACACAGGACAAGAGGAUCUACCAGUCCAACAUGCUGAAUAGGUACCUGAUUAAUGUCACCUUUGAAGGAAGGAAUUUGUCUUUCAGUGAGGAUGGCUACCAGAUGCACCCCAAAUUGGUUAUCAUCCUCUUGGACAAGUCGAGGACGUGGGACAGGGUGGGAUGGUGGAAGGACAAGCGCCUCAAGAUGAGGUAUUAUGUGUGGCCCCGUUCUGAGCUGUACCCUGACUGUGAGGAGCGUGAAGAUGACCAUCUUAGCAUAGUGACCCUAGAAGAAGCACCAUUUGUCAUUGUGGAAAAUGUGGACCCGUUAAGUGGGACCUGCAUGAGGAACACUGUCCCGUGCCAAAAGCAAAUCGUGUCAGAGAACAAAACGGAUGAUGAGACUGCCUAUAUCAAGAAAUGCUGCAAAGGGUUUUGCAUUGAUAUACUCAAGAAAAUCUCCAAGUUUGUCAAGUUCACCUAUGACCUUUACUUGGUAACCAAUGGCAAACAUGGGAAGAAAGUUAAUGGAACGUGGAAUGGAAUGAUAGGCGAGGUGGUUGCCAAACGUGCCUACAUGGCGGUGGGAUCCCUCACCAUAAAUGCAGAGCGUUCAGAAGUGGUUGAUUUUUCUGUGCCCUUCAUUGAGACAGGAAUCAGUGUCAUGGUGUCACGAAGCAAUGGGACUGUCUCACCUUCUGCCUUCUUAGAGCCAUUCAGUGCUGACGUGUGGGUGAUGAUGUUUGUAAUGCUGCUUAUAAUCUCUGCGGUGGCUGUUUUUGUCUUUGAGUACUUCAGUCCUGUGGGAUACAACCGGUGUCUGGCUGAUGGCAGAGAGCCUGGUGGUCCUUCUUUCACCAUUGGCAAAGCUAUUUGGUUACUAUGGGGCCUGGUAUUCAACAACUCUGUACCAGUGCAGAAUCCCAAGGGGACUACUAGCAAGAUAAUGGUGUCUGUGUGGGCCUUCUUUGCCGUCAUCUUCCUGGCCAGUUACACUGCCAAUUUGGCUGCCUUCAUGAUCCAAGAAGAAUAUGUGGACCAGGUGUCUGGGCUGAGCGACAAAAAGUUUCAAAACCCAAAUGCUUUCUCGCCGCCUUUCCGCUUUGGGACUGUUCCCAACGGCAGUACAGAGAGGAACAUUCGCAACAAUUAUGAACUGAUGCACGCCUACAUGGUCAAGUUCAACCAAAGAUCGGUGCAAGAUGCGCUAUCCUCGCUGAAGACAGGGAAGCUGGAUGCUUUCAUUUAUGACGCAGCUGUGCUAAACUACAUGGCUGGCAGAGAUGAAGGUUGCAAGCUGGUGACUAUUGGCAGUGGGAAGGUAUUUGCUUCCACGGGCUAUGGCAUUGCCAUCCAGAAGAAUUCAGGCUGGAAGCGUCAAGUGGAUCUUGCAAUCCUACAGCUUUUUGGUGAAGGGGAGAUGGAGGAGCUAGAAGCUCUGUGGCUUACUGGCAUUUGCCACAAUGAGAAGAACGAGGUAAUGAGCAGCCAACUGGACAUCGAUAACAUGGCAGGCGUCUUCUAUAUGUUGGGAGCAGCCAUGGCCCUCAGCCUCAUCACCUUCAUCUGCGAACACCUUUUCUAUUGGCAGUUCCGCCACUGCUUCAUGGGUGUCUGCUCUGGCAAGCCUGGCGUAGUCUUCUCCAUCAGCAGGGGUAUUUACAGCUGCAUCCAUGGAGUAGCGAUCGAAGACCGUCAGUCUUCUAUGAACUCUCCCACAGCCACCAUGAACAAUACCCAUUCCAACAUUCUGCGCCUUCUCCGUACAGCAAAGAACAUGGCCAACCUGUCAGGUGUCAAUGGCUCACCACAAAGUGCCCUGGAUUUCAUCCGCCGCGAAUCAUCUGUCUAUGACAUCUCUGAGCAUCGCCGCAGCUUCACUCACUCUGACUGCAAGUCUUACAACAACCCCCCUUGUGAGGAGAACCUUUUCAGUGAUUAUAUUAGUGAGGUAGAAAGGACCUUUGGCAAUCUGCAGCUGAAAGAAAGUAAUGUGUAUCAAGACCAUUAUCACCACCACCAUCGCCCUCAUAGCAUAGGUAGUGCCAGCUCCAUCGAUGGACUCUACGACUGUGACAACCCACCUUUCUCUGCACAGCCUCGGUCCCUCAGUAAGAAGCCAUUGGAUAUUGGUCUGCCCCCAGCCAAACAUGGCCAGCUGGGCGACCUCUAUGGCAAGCUGUCUUUCAAGAGUGACCGAUACAGUGGUGGAGGGGCACACGACGACUUGAUCCGUUCGGAUGUCUCGGACAUUUCCACCCACACAGUGACUUAUGGCAACAUUGAGGGCAAUGCUGCCAAGCGGCGGAAGCAGCAGUACAAGGAUAGUUUAAAGAAGCGCCCAGCCUCGGCGAAGUCACGGAGAGAGUUUGAUGAGAUUGAAUUGGCCUAUCGCCGGCGUCCCCGCUCCCCUGAUCACAAGCGCUACUUCAGGGACAAGGAAGGGCUAAGGGAUUUCUAUUUGGACCAGUUCCGGGCCAAGGAGAACUCACCGCACUGGGAGCACGUGGAUCUGACUGAUAUCUAUAAAGAGCGGGGCGAUGACUUCAAGCGUGACGCUAUAGGGGGAGCAGGGACGUGUACUAAUAGGACCCACCACAAGCAUGGGUCGGGGGACUUUGGAGCAAACAAUGAGCACAAGCACAGUGGUGUGAGUGGGGUACCCGCCCCAUGGGAGAAAAACCUCACCAAUCUGGAUUGGGAGGAGCGCCCAGGGGCUAAUUAUUGCCGCAGUUGCCCAUCAAAGCUGCAUAACUAUACCCCAACUGUGGUGGGGCAGAACUCCACCCGCCAGCCAUGCAUCCGGUGCGAAGCUUGCAAGAAGGCAGGCAACCUCUAUGACAUCAGUGAGGACAACUCCCUCCAAGAGCUGGACCAGCCCUCUGCUCCUGUGCCCGUGGCAAGCAGCACCUCCACUACCAAGUAUCCUCAGAGCCCUUCCAACUCUGCCUCCAAGGUGCAGAAGAAGAACCGCAACAAGCUCCGCCGGCAGCACUCCUAUGACACGUUUGUGGAUCUGCAAAAGGAAGACGCAGCCCUGGCCCCCCGCAGCGUGAGCCUGAAGGACAAGGGCCGCUUUUUGGAGGGAAGCCCCUAUGCCCAUAUGUUUGAGAUGCCAGCAAGCGAGGCCCCUUUUGCCAACAACAAGUCCUCAGUGCCCGCCCCCAGCCACCACCACCACAACAAUCCUGGCAUUGGUGGUGGUUACAUGCUCAGCAAGUCGCUCUACCCCGACCGGGUCACUCAAAACCCUUUCAUCCCCACUUUUGGGGAUGACCAGUGCUUGCUCCAUGGCAGCAAAUCCUAUUUCUUCAGGCAGCCUGUGGUGGCAGGAGGGCCCAAGGCCAGGCCAGACUUCCGAGCCAUUGUCACCACCAACAAGCCGGUGGUCUCAGCCCUUCAUGGGGCUGUGCCAGCCCGUUUCCAGAAGGACAUCUGUAUAGGGAACCAGUCCAACCCCUGUGUGCCUAACAACAAAAACCCCAGGGCUUUCAAUGGCUCCAGCAACGGGCAUGUUUAUGAGAAACUUUCCAGUAUUGAGUCUGAUGUCUGAGUGAUGGGGAAAAAGCAUGGGAGGGGAUGGUGCAGGAAAUGUGAAGUGUGGGAGGGGCAGGUGGUGGGUUCAGACCUAGUUCCCAUUUGCUACUCUUCUGCUACUCUUUUUUUCUUUGUGGAAUACUGGAGUUCUGCUUCGGCAGCACUGAUGAGAAGUGCCACCUCUUUCUUUCCCCGCUCCCCAACCCCUGUUUCUCUCUUUUCAUGUACCCAGUCACAAUUCCAUUCCUGGCCAUCACAUGUCAGAGCUUAGUAGCUUAGCUUGUGUUUUCAUGGUUGGAAAGGCAAGGCAUGGUUGAGGUGAAUUCAACACAUGAGUGAGGGGUAACAGCCACAGAGCUUGGGGUUUUCUUAGCACCAAACAGGGGUGGUUAAUAUGGAGAUGAGAACGUGGUGUAACGUGGCGAGUCGAAGAGACUGAACAGGCACCAAGAAGAUGUAGGUCAUCUUAUAUUUGUUUUUUUAAGCAAAAUCAGUGGGACACAAAUAGUGUGGGAUCAGCUCAAUACAGUAUAUGUUGAUUACAUGAAAAGAUUCAUUCAGUUCUUUUGUGAAGACUUUGUGGGUUAAAGGCUGAAAUAUGUAGUUGCAUAUAUACUGAAGAAAACAAUGUAUUGAUAUCUUGGGAUAUUUACCAUGGGGAGGGGAAGUUUGAGGUGUAUGCAGAUCUGGCCAGUAGUCCAGUCAUAGUAACCCAGUGAGAGCACUUUUGAAAGAUGAGUUGAAAUGAUAGAAGUCCGUGAGAUCAGGUAAUCUCUCAGCAAAAGUCGUGGGAGAAUUAAAAUGUGGAGUCCCAACUGAGGGGAGAAUGACAGGUUUUACCUUAUUCAUGAACAACUCAUUGUUAAUUUUGAAAUCAUGGAACCUUAGAUGUGGAUUGGCUUUUGUCCAAGCUUACAUGAAGAAGAAUGUACAUGAAACAUCUGGCAAGGAAAACCAAAUGAAUUAUGAUCCAUUAGAGAUUCAGUUGACAAGCCCAGCAGAGAAAGCCUUUGCAACUCAUAGGAAAGCAAAGGGUGACAAGAAAGGUGGGGCUGGUAACUCUGCCCCCUUGUUUAGGAAACCUUGUUCCCACAGAUUUAACCUGGGAGGGAGAAGUCUCAGCCAUAUUUUCUUCCUCUUGCCUGUCAUACAAAGCAAUUGUGGAAGACGAACACGGGGAAAUGCUUUCUCUGCUACUGCUGCUAGGGUGUUGAAGUUCUUCCUCUGAAUGGAAAGUGGGAGAAGCUGCUGGUAAUGGUGUUGGAUUUGGUGGUGGGCAUGAGGCCAGAAGAAGGAUCUGGCUGCACAACUCAGACAUGUGUAUAUGUGUAUUUAUUGAAUAUAUACUUAUAUUUGAUAAUUAUAGUGUUGUGGAAAUACAUGGCUUGUCUUCCACAGGGCAUGAGGAGACGAAGAAUCAGAUCCCACAGAUGCUAGGGUGGGGACUGGAGAGCAGAGGUGGAAAGAUAGGGGGAAGAUAGUUGUGGAGGAGACCAGCAGGUCCUCAACUGGAAAAGUGGUCCUAUUUAGCAACUUCAGAGGUAUCUUGGUCCUCUUCUCAGUGCAUCCAAUAUUAGUGACAGCAGGUUUCCUGCUAAGGAAUAAUCAUAAAUGCAAAUUAAACUUAAUACAUGGAAGUGAUGGUAGAAGUGAGAUGGUUUCAUUUACAGCAGGAACCCUCAGGUAAGGGCAACAGGUCCACUGUUGAUUCCCAAAUAUGUGGCAAAGCAUCUCACCUGUUCAUGGGUCUGUUGGUGAAAAAUGCUCUUUAGAUAGAUCGGGCACUUUGCAGUAGGAAUGAAUGUAUGUGGAGGCACACUCAGACCUUGAAUACUGGAAGCUGCCGUCCUUUUUUCAAGCCACAUUUCCUGCAGCUGAUUCUCCUCUUUACGUAUCCUUCCCACCACAACCCAGUUGGCUUUCUCCAAAUACCUGUCUUGCAUUGAAGCCAGUUGAAGGCUUCGUUUGAUUCUUAAACAGGGUAGGGAUGGUCCUGAAUGUUAUGUGAGGUGGGGAAUUCCCCCCUCCAGAUUUACUGAGCAAGUAAUAGAAGGAGCAAUGCCCUCUCUACCACUGAUGGAGCAGAAUGCUUUUUGGUCCCUCUCCUCUUUCCCUUGUAAAGGAAAACUAUACUUGCCUAGCAAUCUGCAGAAUGCAAAGUGAUGAGGUUGAAUCCUCUGACAAAGGCAGUUGAAAAGGCAUUCAUUUCAUUUGUAAAUAUAGGGGUUUUUUUUCCUAUUGCAUUUUGUACAAACUAGUGCUUCUCUUCUUGUGAAUAUUCAGGUUUGGAAAGGAGAGAGGUUUUAGGUUGUUUUUUCAUACAACUUUCAGGCUGUGUAUCUGGAAGUAGUUUUAUGUGGGCCCA